UCGCUACUUCAUCCGGCGCCGCCGCCUCGGGCCCUGCGCCCGGUGCAUGGAGAAGCAGGGCAGGAUGGACUGCCCCGCGCUGCCCCCGGGCUGGAAGAAGGAAGAGGUGAUCCGCAAGUCGGGCCUCAGCGCCGGUAAAAGCGAUGUCUACUACUUCAGUCCAAGUGGUAAGAAGUUCAGAAGCAAGCCUCAGUUGGCAAGAUACCUGGGAAACACUGUUGAUCUCAGCAGUUUUGACUUCAGAACGGGAAAGAUGAUGCCCAGUAAAUUGCAGAAGAACAAACAGAGACUAAGGAAUGAUUCUCUCAAUCAAAAUAAGGGAAAACCAGACUUAAAUACAACUUUACCAAUCAGACAAACUGCAUCAAUUUUCAAACAACCAGUCACCAAAGUUACCAAUCAUCCUAGUAACAAAGUACGAUCUGAUCCACAGCGAGUGACGGAGCAGCCACGACAGCUUUUCUGGGAGAAGAGGCUACAAGGUCUCAGCGCAUCGGAUGUCAGUGAACAAAUCAUAAAAUCCAUGGAGCUACCUAAAGGUCUUCAAGGCGUUGGCCCAGGUAACAAUGACGAUACCCUGUUGUCAGCUGUUGCUAGUGCUUUGCACACCAGUUCUGCACCUAUCACGGGACAGCUCUCUGCAGCUGUUGAGAAGAACCCAGCCGUCUGGCUUAAUACAUCUCAACCCCUCUGCAAAGCUUUCAUAGUCACAGAUGAUGACAUUAGUUGUGGGAUAUACCUUCUGAAUAGUUCUGGGGUUCUUAAUGCUAGUCCUGCGAAAGGUUCUGCAAAAGAUAAGGCAUCUUUGGUUUUGUUCGGUUCUCUGCCCCAGGGUUUGAAAGAUCACUCUCUAGGCAUUGACAGUUAACACCUCUGGGACAGUAAGCUGUGUAUUGGAAGAUAGAAAACAAGGGUAGAAAACAGCUGGAAGAUAGAAAACAAGUUCUGUACGGAAGUGCUAGCUCGUUUUUGGUUUUUUUUUUUUCGUCCUUUUGCUAUCUCUGUAAGCAGACAGCCCCCUCUGAAGUACUUAGGGAGUGCUGGUAGUGGUUGCAGCCAUAGAACUGAGUAGCGUUAGAGGCUGGUGCUCUUCAGAGGCUUCUGGCUUCUGUGGAGCAUGUUGGAUAUCACUCCUGCUCUUUUAAGAUUUGAUGUUCUUUAUAUCUGUCCUGCCAUCCUAAAUAGCCACAGGGAAUUUGUGGCACUAACGAAUGUUUUCCUGUGUCUGCUUCUGAUGAAUUCUGGCCAUUUUUAAGUGUAUAUUUUGUUUAAAGAUUUUCUUUUUUGGAAAACAUAGCUUGAUAGAACAAGUGGAUUUUCAUGUAAAAAACCCCUGGGUCUAAUGCAAAAUUUGUGUUUUCUUGGGAAAACUUCAAAAGAGGACUUCUUGUUUUCUGUUAACAUUUGAAAGCUAAGUAUUACCUUCCAAACUAAACAUUGAAUCAAAAUAUCUUAAAUUUAUAUUGAUAUCAAGGCAGUAUUUUUGAAUUAACUUUCCCCAGGGAAACAAGCCUUGUUUCAGCAGAAGUUGCUGCCAUUUUAAAUGCAUCGUUGCUUAGUAGAUAAGACUGAAUAGAUAGGUAGGAGUAAUUAAAUAAAUAAAUGGAAACGGUGAAGCUCCUUGAGGUUCUUCCCCUGCACACGCAUUGUGUGGGACUUGGGAGUGGUUCUCUGAGUACCUAGGAACCUCCUCGGUGCCCCGCCAUCCUGUAAAGGUGCUCCUGGUGUACACAUCCUUACGCUGGGAAAGAGGGAGAUUGCCUCAGAUCUCCUUUAUAAUGCUCAUGAUGGGAAUCUCCUGCUACAAUUUUCGGUGAUCUACUCUAAUAUGUCUCUGCCAAAAAAAAAAAAAAAAAAAAAAGCCAGUCUGACAAAGAUAGUCCAGGGGGAUACUGCUCCAUUAACUUUCUGUUUGGCCUUUUCAAGUAUCUAAUCUGAGAGUGGAAGAUCAUAUGUCACAUUCAAUCCUUCUGUCUCUUAUGAGGGAAAGUAAACCAUGCAUGCUAAAACAGAGAGGUUUCUGGCUCAGAGUGCUCUCAGUUUUAGAGCCAAGCACUACCUGUGUGCCUGUGUAUGUGCAAAGAUAAUAGAACUAGUCUAGUAAGGGUUUAGAGAGGUGGUCGAUGCCCCAAGCCUAUCAGUGUUUAAGAGACAUUUGGACAAUGCCCUUAAUAAUAUGCUUUAACUUCUGGUAAGCCCUGGAGGGGUCAGGCAGUUGGACUAGAUAAUCAUUGCAGGUCCCUUCCAACUGGAACUAUUCUAUUGUAUUCUGUUCUAAGUUAAAAUGAGAGUUGAGAAACCAGUCCUGAGUCAUUGUUUAUGCAAGUGUUAUGCUGCCAGCCUACUAGUAUACUUGAAGGAUUGACAUUUCUGCCCCUUCUUCCCUUCUCU